UGUCAAGUUCCUGCAUCCUUGUGCUGAAGGGAAGGAGGUGCCAGCAUGAUUGAUGUUCAGGGGCGGUAUAAAGGCACUGGGUUUCUCCCCAACUGCUUGUCACACUGACCUGCACCAUCUCUCGAUCGCUUGUGGGGUUUCUAUCAACUAGUCCUGGAGGGAAGAAAACUCGUAGGAGGAUAACAUCUAAUUGUAGCCAUGCCAGAACCAACCAAGAAAGAGGAAAAUGAAGUCCAAGCCCCGGCCCCCACCCCACCCCCGGGAGAACCAAAUAAAGAGAAGGAGGCCGGAACUGGACCAGCAAAAGAUGAAGAGGAAGUCUCCCCGCCUAGCGCCUUGCCUCCAGGUUUGGGUAGUCGGGCCCUGGAAAGAAAAGAUUCAGAAUGGUCUCUUGGGGAAUCACCUGCUGGGGAGGAACAAGACAAGCAGAACAAUUCUCAGCUAUCCACCCUAUUGAUUGAAAAACCUCAGUCAGGAACAGUGAAAGUGGGUGAAAAUAUCACCUUUAUAGCCAAAGUCAAGGCUGAAGAUCUUCUGAGGAAACCGACAAUCAAGUGGUUUAAAGGGAAAUGGAUGGACCUGGCCAGCAAAGCGGGGAAGCACCUCCAGCUGAAGGAAACCUUUGAAAGGCAUUCUCGGGUGUACACGUUUGAGAUGCAGAUUAUCAAGGCCAAGGAGAACUAUGCAGGGAACUACAGAUGCGAGGUCACCUACAAGGAUAAGUUUGACAGCAGCUCUUUCGAUCUUGAAGUGCUCGAAUCUACUGGGACUACUCCAAGCAUUGACAUCAGAUCUGCUUUCAAGAGAAGUGGAGAAGGUCAAGAGGAUGCAGGGGAACUUGACUUUAGUGGUCUCCUGAAACGUAGGGAGGUGAAGCAGCAGGAGGAAGAACCCGAGAUAGACGUGUGGGAGCUGCUGAAGAGCGCCAAACCCAGCGAGUACGAGAAGAUCGCCUUCCAGUAUGGCAUCACCGACCUGCGCGGGAUGCUCAAACGGCUCAAGCGCAUGCGCAGAGUGGAGAAGAAGAGUGCAGCUUUUGCAAAAAUUCUUGAUCCUGCAUAUCAGGUUGAUAAAGGAGGCAGAGUAAGGUUUGUUGUAGAACUGGCAGAUCCAAAGCUGGAGGUGAAAUGGUAUAAAAAUGGGCAAGAAAUUCGACCCAGUACAAAAUAUAUCUUUGAACAUAAAGGUUGUGAAAGAAUCAUGUUUAUCAAUAACUGUGCGCUGACAGAUGAUUCCGAGUAUUACGUGACAGCGGGAGAUGAGAAAUGUUCCACUGAGCUCUUUGUAAGAGAGCCUCCAAUUAUGGUGACCAAACAGCUGGAAGAUACAAAUGCUUAUUGUGGGGAGAGAGUGGAAUUAGAAUGUGAAGUAUCUGAAGAUGAUGCCAAUGUAAAAUGGUUUAAGAAUGGUGAAGAGAUCAUCCCUGGGCCAAAAUCAAGAUACCGAAUUAGAUGUGAAGGCAAAAAACACUUUUUGAUCAUUGAAGGAGCAACAAAAGCUGACUCGGCAGAAUAUUCGGUGAUGACGACGGGAGGACAGUCUUCUGCUAAGCUUAGUGUGGACUUGAAACCUCUGAAGAUUUUGACACCUCUGACGGAUCAGACUGUAAAUAUUGGAAAAGAAAUCUGCUUGAGGUGUGAAAUCUCUGAAUAUAUACCGGGAAAAUGGACUAAAAAUGGCCUGCCUGUUCAGGAGAGUGACCGUCUGAAGAUUUAUCACAAGGGAAGAAUCCACAAGUUAGUGAUCUCCAGUGCUCUCACAGAAGAUGAAGGUGACUAUGUAUUCGCACCAGACGCCUACAAUGUUACUUUGCCUGCCAAAGUUCAUGUUGUUGAUCCUCCUAAGAUCAUCCUGGACGGUCUUGAUGCUGACAAUACAGUAACAGUGAUUGCAGGAAACAAGCUCCGGCUUGAGAUCCCCAUCUCUGGAGAACCACCUCCCAAAGCCAUCUGGAGCCGAGGAGAUAAGGCUAUUGCAGAGGGCAGUGGCCGGAUAAGGGCUGAAUCUUACCCUGAUAGCAGCACACUGGUCAUUGACGUAGCUGAAAGAGACGAUUCUGGUGUUUACCACAUACAUCUGAAAAAUGAGGCUGGAGAAGCACGCGCGAGCAUCAAGAUUAAAGUUGUGGACAUCCCUGAUCCUCCAGUGGCACCGAGCGUGACGGAGGUGGGAGAUGAUUGGUGCGUCAUGAACUGGGAGCCUCCUGUCUACGAUGGAGGGUCACCAAUCUUAGGAUACUUUAUCGAAAGGAAAAAGAAACAAAGCUCCAGGUGGAUGAGGCUGAAUUUUGAACUCUGCAAAGAAACAACUUUUGAGCCGAAGAAGAUGAUUGAAGGCGUGGCCUACGAGGUCCGCAUCUUUGCAGUCAAUGCGGUCGGUGUCUCUAAGCCCAGUAUGCCCUCCAAACCUUUUGUUCCUUUGGCUGUAACCAGCCCUCCUACUCUUCUGACUGUUGACUCUGUCACCGAUACAACUGUCACCAUGAAGUGGCGGCCCCCAGACCAGAUUGGUGCAGCAGGUUUAGAUGGCUAUGUGCUAGAGUAUUGCUUUGAAGGAAGUACAUCAGCAAAUCAGUCUGAUGAAAAUGGGGAGGCUGCGUAUGAUCUACCAGCUGACAACUGGAUAGUUGCAAACACAGAACUGAUUGACAAGACGAAGUUCACUAUCACUGGACUACCGAUGGAUUCAAAGAUCUUCGUGCGCGUGAAGGCUAUCAACGCGGCGGGCGCCAGCGAGCCCAAAUACUACUCGCAGCCCAUUCUCGUGAGGGAAAUCAUAGAGAAUCCCAAGAUCCGUAUCCCGAGGCACCUGAAGCAAACCUACAUCCGCAGAGUUGGAGAAGCCGUCAAUCUGGUUAUACCGUUCCAGGGAAAACCAAGACCAGAAUUAACUUGGAAGAAGGAUGGUGCUGAAAUUGAUAAGAAUCAAAUAAACAUUCGCAACUCUGAGACAGACACGAUCAUAUUUAUCAGGAAAGCAGAGAGAAGCCACUCUGGGAAAUACGACCUGGAGGUCAAAGUGGACAAAUACGUGGACAGUGCAUCCAUCGACAUCCAGAUCGUGGAUCGUCCGGGUCCACCCCAAGUGGUGAAGAUUGAUGACGUCUGGGGAGAGAAUGUCGCUCUGUCAUGGACACCACCCAGGGAUGACGGAAAUGCUGCCAUCACAGGGUACACCAUCCAGAAGGCUGACAAGAAGAGCAUGGAAUGGUUCACCGUCAUUGAGCAUUAUCACCGAACCAAUGCCACCAUCACUGAACUGGUCAUAGGGAAUGAAUAUUAUUUCCGGAUCUUUGCUGAAAACAUGUGCGGCCUCAGUGAGGAUGCAACGAUGACUAAAGAGAGUGCCGUGAUUGCCAAGGAUGGUAAAGUCUACAAAAAUCCGGUGUAUGAAGACUUUGAUUUUACUGAGGCACCCAUGUUUACCCAGCCUUUGGUUAACACCUAUGCAAUAGCUGGUUACAAUGCCACUCUGAACUGCAGUGUGAGAGGAAACCCUAAGCCUAAAAUAACCUGGAUGAAAAACAAAGUUGCCAUUGUGGAUGACCCAAGAUACAGGAUGUUCAGCAACCAGGGGGUCUGUACUCUGGAGAUUCGCAAGCCCAGCCCCUAUGAUGGGGGCACUUACUGCUGCAAAGCCGUCAAUGACCUUGGGACAGUGGAGAUAGAAUGCAAACUGGAGGUGAAAGGUGGGCUCUCCUUCUGCAGGCUCCUCCUACAAGGUGUGCCUCCAAACAUAAUUGAUUCAUAUUUGCGAGACUUGCACUCAAGCAAUCCUGAGGAAUUCUGAGGGCCUGGCACUGCUUCUCCGCACUCCGCUGCUUUGAAAUCUGGUUGAAAAGAGAAAGCAUUUUCUGUUUUUCCACCAGGCCCCCAUGUGUGAUCAUUUUCUUUCCUCCUUAUGUUAAAGAGAAAAAAAAAAAAUGUUUGCACAGAUUGCUUAAUUAAAAAUUGCAAAAACAAUCUUA